AUGACACGUUCUGAAGCAGGACUUUGCACUUCGAAGGUGCAAGGCGCAUGCCAAAAUGGUAUGAUGGCGGUCAGUUUAUUCAACAGGGCUUGUGCUUCGCUAAGGUCUUCAAAGAUGAAGGCGAUGUCAUCUGCGUACUCCAAAUCGACAAGGCUCUACCCAGAGUCCAGGGUUUUGAAGACAGCCCAGUGCUUGCCUCAUUAUUCCAUCAAUGAGUGGAGAGAGUGGACAUUCUUGUCUGACACCACUUUCUGUAGGGAAGCUUUUCGAGAGCUCACCAUACACUCACCCGCCAAGAAUACUGUUCAACAGCCACAUCAGCGUGGACUCAUUGUGAAAAGAGUAAAAUCAACUAUGAUAUUCCCUAGACUGUCCCAAGGAUCCCAUAGUCUUCAACUGACACACAGACCGUCUCAUGUUUCAGUUGGAACGAUAUUCGAAAUAUCGCAGUAUAUUUUCAUAAAGGAAAAUACUCACAAUGUUGUUGAAAACUAUUCUUCAGCACUUCCCUUUAUCCAGAUCAAUGACAAGAUCACCGUGCCCGCAUAUUUUCUCGGUUUCCGGAUGGAAGUGGCGCAUCGACAACCGAUUCGGUGUCUUUUUGGAAAAAUGAAUUUGGACUGUGUUACUUCGUGUCGCUACUUGCAGCAAGUGGAUAGCUUGUGUAGAGCGAGCACCGAACGUUUUCGUCAGCGAUACAAGUUUGAUUUGAACACUAUGAAACCAGUGAUGUCAAAACAACGUGCAGAGUCCAAAGGCAACAGAGUAACUGGGACUAUAUCACUGGGUGAACAAAAUGAAUGGACGUGGGAAGAACUGGAUCCACGUGUUUGCUAUAUUCCAUCGUUCUAUAAACAAGAUCACAUUGCAUCAGGACGAUUACACACACCCAGUCCAAUACAACCACAAGCAGACACUUUAGCGCAGAAGUCCAGAAAAAUUCUGUCGGCUUCUCCUACAAAUGCCCUUUUCCUAAGAACCCCAACAUUGUUUUCAAUCUGGCAGCCAAGAAUAAGAAGAACCAGUCUGCCGGAUCCAGAACAGUCGGAUGUGAAAUCUGUAACCCAAAAGACUCGAGGUCGAACUCAGAGCCAACACACUGCAAGAUCUGCUUCCAAUCCCCGAACAGUAUACAGAACGACUUCAAAUAAGGUAGUUUCUGAGAGAUUGGCACCGGUUAUGAGAGAACAGGGAGGCAACUCGAAGAAAACUCCCGUCGAAUUGAGGGCGUCGGGCAAAGAUGAACUAAAACAAAAUGUGCUGGGUUCGCAGAUUCAUCAAAGACGUCAAACAAAGUCAAGUUCUGAUUCGCUGGCG